CUUCCCCCCCCCCCCCCCUAAUUACAGAUGGGAGCAACAGGACUUCUGUCAGGAAUUGGUUACUGCUACAUCUCUGUUAUUGCCUCCCCUUCAAUGAUGACUAUAAUCACAGGUUAUGACACCUACUAUAACCAAAAUUUGAUGGGUUUUACCCUGGGAGCAGCCUUUCUGUCUAUGAUACAUGGCAUCAUUACCUUGAUUCAACCGAAAAGAGUGGUGUCUCCAUUGAAUAUUCCCGGUGUUCUUGAAAAAGCUUCCGUGAUCAAAGAUACCUUCCAGAGACUUGAAAAUUAUGCAUCUGCAGCUUCAUUACGUCAUGGCAAUGUGCCUGUAGGCAUUGGAAACAUAGUUCCUGGAUUUUCUGGCAUUUAUGAUGGGAAACUAGCAUUGCUUUCACUCGUCUCGCUGAUCCUAGCAUCUGUUGGAGCUGAUGGGAGUCCUUGGCCUCGAUGGCCUGCUUAUGUUCUUAUUGGCAGUAAUAUGGCAGUUUUAUGCAGAAUUCUGCCUUCCAUCAUUGCUAAAGAGGAAGAGAAGACAUCUGCCUUCAAGACCCUGCUUAUUACCAUCCUAGAAGGACUUCCUUCAGUGGUUGGUGCAAUUGGAGGAUGGUGUUCCUAUGAUGGUCCUACCAUUGCAGCUGGUGUGAUAACCUUCAUAAUUACCCUCUUACAGCUGAGGAUCCUGAUAUCAGUCAUCAAGGUUGAUGCGUCUUUUCACAAGGAAGAUAGGCAGCUCCUGCAGAAUGAAGAAGGACAGGCAGAACAGUCUGAUGAUGAGAUCGUCUCUGUGCCAGUUGUGUGAUUUGUUUUGCAUAUUCUUUUAGUAUAAUCUUUUUUGGUGGCAUUAGAGGCUUUUAAAUAUAACCACAGCCUUAAAUGUUGAAGGGACACAUAAGCAGUAUUUUUGCAUGUGAUGUAUGUAUAAUUAUCGUUUACGCUGAUUUUAUACACACGCCCGUGCCCGCACACACACACACACACACACACACACACACACACACACACACACACACACACACACACACACACACACACACACACACACACACACACACACA